CGUAAAUCGUAAAAAAAAAAUUACAUUUCAAUUUCAGUUCAGUGUGGGGUGUGCCCUCCCCUCUGCAAAUUCCUCCGCCGGCGCGCGGCGAUGAACUCGAAAGCAAAGUUCCUGGAUUCAGUUUUAUUAACAAAAUCCUCACUUCACAAUCUUCAGCAUUACAGAACAAUAAUAGCCAAAGUCCGAUUAAAAUGGGUGAAAAACCGGUCACUGGACCACAUAAUCGACGUACAAACUGACAUCAAAGCUGCUUCCUUGAUCAAAGACGCCAUCGUCCGCUCUCCGACGGGUUACUUAACCUCAAAAUCUCUUGCAGAUUCUCAAAAGCUGCUAGGUCUCACCGUCCCAACUAUGCGCUUUAUGCGGAGGUACCCUACCCUGUUCGAGGAGUACCCUCAUCCUAAAUACCCCUCUUUGCCCUGUUUCAAAUUGGCCCCGUUGGGGAAAAUCAUGCACGACAGAGAAUUCAAAGUGUUUGAGGAGUGUGAAGAUGAUAUUGUCGAGAGGCUUUGCAGACUUCUCAUGAUGACCAGGAAUAAAAUGCUGCCUUUCCAAUCUCUACAUCCAUUGAAAUGGGACUUGGGAUUGCCCGAUGAUUUCGAUAGAAUCUUAAUUAGAAAGUAUCCCGAUCAUUUUCGUGUGGUUAAGGAAACCAGUGGAUUGAAUUGCUUGAAGCUUGUCCAAUGGCGGGAAGAAUAUUCCGUUUCUAUGUUGCAGAAAAUGAACGAGAAGAGCACGGGAGGGAGCAUCGAUGGCAACAGCGACAUUUCCAGUUAUAGAGAAUUCAAGAGGGGGAAAUCUGCACUAGAGUUUCCGAUGAGUUUCCCAAGGGGUUAUGGAGCACAAAAGAAGGUGAAAGCAUGGAUGGACGAGUUUCAUAAAUUGCCUUACAUUUCUCCGUACGAAGAUUCAAGGGGAAUCGACCCCAAUAGCGAGCUUAUGGAGAAAAGGGUUGUGGGGGUUUUGCACGAGCUUUUGGGGUUGACUAUUUACAAGAAGACUAAGAGAAAUUACUUGAGGUGCAUGAGAGAGGAAUUGAAUCUUCCUCACAAGUUUACUCGAAUAUUUACGAGAUACCCAGGGAUAUUCUACCUAUCGUUGAAAUGCAAGACUACGACUGUGGCGUUGAGAGAGGGGUACCGUCGGGGGAGAUUGGUUGAUCCACAUCCACUUGCUCGACACAGAGAUAAACUACACUAUGUUAUGAGAACUGGAUUGAUAUAUCGAAAUAAAGCGACUGAUAUGAUGAUGCAUAAUCUAGACAGUUUAGUUGAUAAGGGUGUGGAAGAGGAUGCAGGGGAAGAGGAAGAAGAAAGUGAUGAAGAAGAAGAAGAAGAAGUGGAGGUGAGUGAUGAAUACUUUGAUUCGGAUGAGGAUUAGCGUUGAUGCAACUGUAGAAUGGAUUCGUUUGUGGAGGUUUGUCUUGUUUUCUUGCCAUGAUGCUUAUUCACAUUCUUUUCCUUUUCUUUUCGUUUUUGCUUGGAAUUCGAUAUGGUAUUUGUUUUGCCAAUACAAGUCAUUUCUUCCUUUUGUCACUUCAUCAUUUAGUACACUGGUUAAAGCAAAA